AAUUUUUUCUAGAGAAAAAACUUAAUUUUAUUGCAAAACUUAUAAAGAUUAAUACAAUAUAAUAUUGAAAGUUACGUUAUAUACUAAAUUAUAUUAGAGAUGCAUAGUUUUUGAGCCAAAAAACUCAACUUGAAAAUUUUUUCCUUUGUCAGCGAGACAAAGACGUGUGUGUGUGCACUCAAUCAUUCGUUGUUUGUUGAAGGUCGGGUGGCGCUUAGCGGAGCACCCCUUGAGCCAAACUGUGCUGAAAAUUCAAGUCAAAGGAUUGAUACUCUUGCCUGAUAGCUGAUAUUAUCAACCAGAAAACAUUGUUAUAUGCCUAACGACGAUAUGUCGGGCAGUGAAGAUGGUCAAUUACGCAGUCCAGAUGGCGAUGACCACAUUAUGUUAAGGCCAAAAAGUGUGUACAUGUCCAAUGACCGAUGCGCGCGAUGGCCACGACGUUACCUUUUAAAACAAAACAAAUUCCUAAAAAUCAAAAACUAUAUAACUUAAAAAAUACAAAAAAUAAUGAAAAUCAAUCAUAAAACCUAAACGAAAAAAAAGCCAGAAAACAUAAAAAUGGCUCAACAAUACAUCUAUCUGCCUCCAAAUAAAACAAGGCACAAAGCAGCUUGGUUGGUGUGCUACAAAUGAGUUAAACUUAAAAAAAAAACGUACUACAACCUUCCGUCUUCUACAUAUACAGGCAAAACUGUUAAAGCAAAUUGCAAGGUCCUUAAACUGCUGACAGGGGAAAAACAGACAAACCGUUUGUUUGCUAGCUUGAAAAAAGGCCGUCAGUCAGAGCUGAAAUAUAUAAAAAAAAGGUUUAUGAGCGCUAUUAUAACGAUUAAAAGGGAGCAAGCAAUAUUGCAGAAAACAACAAUUAAUUAAAAUCCAAACACCUACAACAUAAUAACUCUUAUAACAAUAUCAUCCAACCAAAAUUUAUUGUUAUGUUUUCUACUUCUAUUCAUCAAUUUAAAUCUCCUUAGUUUGUUGGUAAUUUACUAUUUACAAAAACCGUACAAAUCUUUAACAAAACAUUUUCUAAUUUUUUCAACUCUCUUCUUUUACACACACCAAAAAAAAAACGUAUAAAACAUAUUAAAAAAAAGUAUCUGGAUUAGUAAACACCAAGUACCAUUUCAUAAAAUAUAAUUCUAUAUAUUUUUAAAUCUUAAUUUUCCUUUUAACCCAUAAAACAAAGCAAUGGAUUUCCUUUCAUCCUUUCUCACGAUGUUGAUGUUGAUUUACUUUCUUCGAUUUAGCAGUUGUUUGUGGAGUAUUUUGCUUUGGAAUUGUAUUACUUAUCUAACUACCUUCAGUUGGGCAUUAUAAUUUUAUAUUUAACUAAGGAUACAUUAUUGUUAUUGCGUUGCAAUCAAAGAUUAAUACAAUUCCAAGCAAAAAGAAAAUGCAAACUUCUUCGUUGAAAAAAGUAAACAAGCAUGCAUCAUGGGUAAAUAACAAAGACAAACAAAUUAUUUCAUAUAACAAGAAAAUUUAACAUUUUAAUCAAAACUAUUGGCCAUUGUAACGCUAGAUCACGGACAAUGGUAAACACACACACGCUUACCCAGCACACACUUAUUUUUUAACUCCAACUUGAACUGGCUGAAAAAUAAAAAAAAACAACCACAAUUAACUUCCAAAAGGAAAUCAAAGGGCUGUAACUAGUUUAAUCCAAAAAAAAAAAAGAAUGGCGUUCAUUGGGACGAAAGGAAGAUGAGAAGGAGUGAGACAGAUAAAAGUGUGGUUUUUGAUAAUUCUAUUGGCGAUGAUGAACAUGAUACAGAUUCGUUGGAUAUAAAACCACCACAAGCUCAUGUAUCCCGGGAUUCAAGUGGUUCAAGACGCAAGGAAAAAUCCAAGGAUAAAAAACAUUCCAAAGAACGUAGACACAAGGAACGUUAUGCAGAUAGUGCAGGACGUGAAAAAGAUAAGGAUUAUCAUCGUGAUAGUAGGCAAGUGGAACGUCGUGGUGAGGUCGAGCGUAAAGAAAUGAGGCGUGGAAAUGGUGAUGACCGCUAUCAGGUGCAGAAAAGUGGUUACGAAAGGGAGGAAUAUUUGGCUGGUAGUGAAAAGCGUUAUCAUGCUAAACAUUAUGAGCGGUUAAGUGAUGAUGCUGCUGCCACCGGAUCUCGUGGCAGUGGCAAUGUUUACCAUCAUGGCGGUGGUGGUGGUAAUUACCAAGGUCAUCAAGAACACCAAUAUCAUCAUCACCAACAACAGCAGCACCAUCACCAUGCACAAAUACAAAUUCAACAUCGUCAACGACAAGAUUAUUAUGAACACCGGAGACAACAAGACUACCAUCAUCCACCACCCACCGAUUAUCAUAAUCAACGGCAUCACCAGCAGCAGCACAAUCAACCCUAUGAAGCUUCCCGCGGGGGAGGACAGAAAUAUCAUGAUCAUGAUAUGGAAAAACGUAAAUACGCCUCCUACGAUCAAUCCAAGGAUCCUGAAAGUUUGGAACAGGACUUACGUUCGCGUCUACUAAGCAAACGUCAUAAAUAUGUCAAGGACGAUAGUAUGGAAGAUGUUAGUGUAGCGAGAGGUAAUUCGUAUGAACGUUUGUAUGAGGUUCCGGACCACGAAAGACCUUCAAAAACUGAACGUCACAAAGCAAGACGUUUAAAGGAAAGGGAGUCCAUAAUUGAAGUGGUCGAUAGUCCUGAUGCCGAAGGAAACAUACGCCAUUCACAACGCAAGAAGCAUAAACGCCAUAAAGAAAAGCAUGAGAAAAGAACAGCCUUAGAUGAUAUUAUUCCCCCUAAGAAUGCACCUGUAGCUGCAGCAACAUCACCACCACCACCAGAAAAACGUCGUUCUCCCGAAAACCCUGAAUUGGUAGCGCGCAGAGCAAAGCUAUUGGCUGCCGAACAAGAAAAAGAAAAGCGUAAGGAAAUUUCCCGCAAGGAACUAGAGGCACGCAGAGAACUAAGAAGAGAUCGUGCUAUGGACACUUUAAGUCCCACCGCUGUGGCGGCCAGUGUAACCGCCGGUUUAAAUGUUCAAAUUAAACGUAAAAAGAGCGACGAAGAAGACAAAAUAAGAAAGCGUAUUAAAAAAUCUAAGGACAGUGAAGAGGAGUAUGAUGAGCAAGAUGUUGAAGACGACGAAGAUGAUAGUGAAUUUUCGGACGAUAGUCGUGAUGAUGAUGAAGACAGUGUCAGUAACUCCGGUUCCGAUACCGAUCACAGUGAUUACAGGAAAAGUAAAUCGAAACAGAAGAAGCGUGCUAAUCACAGCGAUGGUGAGGUAUCUUUACCUGAAAGUCCUUUAUCAAUAGGAGAAUUGUCAAAAUCUCCCAAAAAAUCUAAAAAGAAGGCGAAAAAAAAGAAACAUACUAACAAGGCCAAAUAUAGUGAUGACGAAGACAACGAGGAUGAGGAGGAAAAACAUCACAAACGUUCAUCUAGAUCUGGUACGAUAUCGUUGUCACCCAGCCGUUCAAGAUCACGAACACGUUCACAUACACCCGCCCGAUCUAGAUCCAGAUCUUUACACUCGUCACUAUCGAACAGCUUCAGAUCGCGUUCCAGAUCUUUUUCCAGAUCCCGCUCUUCAGGCCGCAGUAGAUCGAGAUCUCACUCCCACUCAAGUUCUAGAUCUCGUUCCCAUUCGCGCACCUCCCGCAGUCGUAGUUUAUCCAAAUCUCGAUCCCGUUCUCGUUCCCGCACUGAAGAACGCGACAUGAAGGCGAAUUCUCGCAAAGAAGAAAAUGAAACAAAAGACAAAUUGCCCUUAAGUGAAGUAGACAAAAGGAAGCUUGAAGAUUCCGAAGAUUUGCCUGUUACGGACGACAAAGGUAAUCCACUACCUAAUUACUUUCCCGGCAUACAAGGUUGUCGUUCCGUGGAAGAAUUUCAAUGCUUAAAUCGUAUAGAAGAGGGUACCUAUGGUGUUGUAUAUCGCGCCAAAGACAAACGUACAAAUGAAAUCGUGGCUCUUAAACGUCUCAAAAUGGAAAAGGAAAAAGAAGGCUUCCCCAUAACAUCACUGCGUGAAAUCAACACUCUACUCAAGGGACAACAUCCCAAUAUUGUGACGGUGCGCGAAAUAGUGGUGGGUUCAAAUAUGGAUAAAAUUUUCAUUGUUAUGGAUUAUGUAGAACAUGAUCUCAAGUCGCUAAUGGAAACAAUGAAGGCGAAAAAGCAAUCCUUUUUCCCAGGCGAAAUAAAAUGUCUAACGCAACAGCUACUUAGAGCUGUGGGUCAUUUACAUGACAACUGGAUAUUGCAUCGGGAUUUGAAGACAUCUAAUCUGCUGCUGUCGCACAAGGGCAUUUUAAAAGUCGGUGAUUUUGGUUUGGCCCGAGAAUACGGUUCUCCCUUAAAGAAAUAUACCUCAUUGGUGGUUACUCUAUGGUACAGAGCGCCCGAGCUGCUAUUAUGUUCGUCAGAAUAUUCUACACCCAUUGAUAUAUGGUCUGUUGGUUGUAUAUUUGCAGAAUUCCUACAAAUGGCACCCAUUUUCCCAGGAAAGUCCGAAGUUGAUGAAUUGAAUCGUAUAUUUAAGGAACUAGGCACUCCAAAUGAAAAAAUAUGGCCAGGUUACAAUCAAUUGCCAGCCGUGAAGAAUAUGCUUAGUCAAAACUCUCAAUUUGCCGAUUAUCCGGUUUCCAGCUUGAGAAAGCAUUUUGCCGAUAAGACUUCAGAUACAGGUAUAGAUUUGUUGCAGGGCCUUUUGACCUAUGAUCCAAAACAAAGGUUAUCAGCUGAUACGGCGCUAAAGCAUCAAUAUUUCAAAGAACUGCCAGUACCCAUUGAUCCAUCCAUGUUUCCCACCUGGCCAGCUAAAAGUGAAUUGGGUGCACGCAAAGCUAUGGCCUCCUCGCCAAAACCACCAUCCGGUGGUUCCCAAUUCAAACAAUUGGGUAAAGACGAUAUAGCCGGUACCAGUAGUGGCGGAAAAAUCAUAUCUGGUAUUAUAACCGGUAAUAAAAAAACAUCUUCCAACACUGGAUUCGUAUUGAAUGCCGGUAUCGAUCAAAGGCAAUUAGCCAUGGGACCCGGUUUUAAUUUAAAAUUUUAAACUGAAUUAAUUUGUGUUUUUUUUUUUUUUUUUGUUAACAAUUUAUUUCUCUUUUCUACAAAAUUUAUAUGCGUGUAAUAGACUUUUAAUCCACUAUAACAACAUCUUAACGAUUCAUUAAUUGCCAGAUCGUUUUUGUUAAUUUUUUUUUAUUGUUGUUACUAAGUCGUCCUUAUGGGGUGUGUUACAUUUAAAUAGCAAACACUGAUAUAACCAAUAUUAUAUAAAUUUUAUAUUAUAACAUCAUUGAUAAUAAUGAAAGCUUUUUUUAAGUUUAACAUUUACACAAUACAAUAUAAUCUUUAUAUUUUUUAUAUUAGUACUUCAUACUAGCUACAUACUUCAUUAAAUCAAAAUGUGUAAUUUCUUUUUUUUUCCAAGAUUUUCUUAAUACAAUUUUUUUUCUGUUUCCUUUCCUUAAGUUAUGUUUAUUCUUUACUAUUUUUACAAUAUCGUAAGUUAUUUCUAAAAAAAAUACAAAAUAUGAAAAGAUGUAAAAAAAAUACAUAAAUAUAUAGUUUUGGAUAAAAACUUAAAA